CCCGUAUUUGGUAUACUAACAGUCGCCGGUAGCUCACGCAAUGUCGGAUAAAACUGCUAUUAUCACUGGAGCAAACAGUGGUCUUGGUCUUGCUGUUGCGAAACGACUGUUUGAAGAGGCUGGUCAUGCGUACCAGUUGACUGACCUCCGCGUAUGUUUGGCGUGCCGCAAUCUACAGAAGGCCAAAUUUGCAAAACAAGAACUCCAUGAAAUAUUUGGCCUCGAUAUUCAAGUAGACGUACUUGAACUGGAUGUGAGUCGACCUGCCAGUGUGAAGCAAGCUGUAGAAGAAAUAAAAUGCAGAUAUAAACAUAUUGAUUGGCUUUAUUUGAAUGCUGGAAUUAUGCCUGUUGAAGGAGUCAACUGGUCCGAAUUGUGGCCACCAUAUCCCAGUCGUAUUCUUCAAGCAUUCACUGAUGGAGGCUCGCUGCUGAAGGUUGUUGAUAGUAAGACUCCAGAAGGUCUCAACUCUGUGUUUGCUACCAAUCUAUUUGGCCACUUCUUGCUGGUCAGAUGGCUGGAAGAUUUUCUUUGUUCCCAGCGCUGUCCUGCACACAUCGUUUGGACAUCAUCCUCAACUGCAAUGAAAAGCCAUUUUAAUAUUGAAGAUGUCCAAGAUCAGGAAGGAAUUGACCCAUACGGAUCAUCAAAAUUUGGGAUGGACCUGCUCAGCCUAGCACUAAACAAUAUGUUGAACGACAAGGGUAUUUAUUCUCAUACUGUGAGUCCUGGCUUGGUCAUCACGAAUAUGACAACCAACAUACUAGCAAAAUGGUUAUGGUAUCUCAUGUCCCCAGUUGUCCUCUUGAUGAGACUGAUCAAUGGCUCAUGGACAUGGGAUGCACACCAUGGCGCAGAAGCUCAGAUAUGGCUAAGCAAACAGGAUCCAGCCAUUCUUGAUCAUACAGCCAAAUACUAUAGCUGCUGCAGUCCCUUUGGCAAGUCUUAUGUCAAACAAUCAAGGGAGAAGUUGGAUCCAGAGCUGGCAGAUCAACUGUACAAGAAACUCUUGAAAUUAGCACAACAGUUUGAAACAAGCUAAACACGAGUUCAAGUAAAUACCUAUAGCAUAGCUACUUAGACAGUUGCUGUAGUAGACUCGUACCC